CAGGCCCUGCCGGGCUGUUCGCGCGAAACACCGUGUGUGGUCACGCCUUUAUUCAGCGCCAUGCGCUUGCCGGUGGGCCUGUGGCUUCUGGCAGCUUUGUCGGCAGGGAAAGAGGAGCUUGAAGAGACCUUGGAGCACGACAGCUGCAGCGAGUCCAUGGAGAUGUUGCAACGCCGAAGUCGCGUAUUGAACGAAACAUUGCCUGGCGGGCGAUUAACGAGUUCGGUGCAGUGCGCUGAGACGCCCGUGUGCCAUCAACUGAAGCUGGAAGGCUACUGCUGUCCAGGUUCUUCCGGGCAAUCUUUGGACUGCUGCUUCAACAAGCGCCACCAGCAGAUACGCCAAUGCCUUCAGGUGGGACGAGAGCAACUCAUGAAUUGCCCGCCACACGUGGAUGCGCAGACCAUGAGGCCAGAAGAUGUGGAAAAGGUUUGUGAGGAUGCAUGUUUGGAGGAGCUGCUCCCGCUCAGCGUGAACUGCGGAGUGACGAACUUUGCCCGGACCUUCGACCGCUUGUGCGCCAACCCAAAGGCCACCGCAGAGGCUUUGCGAGAGAUCUCAACAGAGACCGAGUGUAUGAACCGCGGGUUGAAGACCUCCUUUGAUUGUCCUCCACACAUCAACAUCAUUCGGGAGAUCUUCCAAGCCAAACACCCCAAGGAUGUGGACAUCCUUUGCAAAAGCGGAUGCUACAAAGAAUUCAAUCAGCUGACCGAAGUCUGCAUGGCGCGUCGCUUCCAUCGCCAGCUCCAUAGUCUGCGUGGCACGCAGAAGUUCUCGAAGAAACUCGGAAUCCGCUCCGACCAGCCAAAGGCUUCCCCCGAUGCCAAUGGAAAGAAGAGCCUUUACAAACCAGGCACUUUCCAGG